AUGUAUUUGGGACGGUCGGAGAAAGAUGCUUUCAAACCAAAAAAGAAUCGUAUACUUGUGCCUCGGUCAUUAGCGAUAUAUUUGGUGAUCAGCGUACUUUUGACAAACUUUUUGGUUUUCCAAUUGUUCAACAUCAACCUGAUUCCAUUCCUAAACGGUCGAUCUUCCAAGAAUAAUUUUGAUUAUCUGGUCAAGAAAGAGUUUUUGAACCUAGAAGAACCAUAUCGUGGUUUCUACAAAGAGGAGAUUGAAAAUCCUACCAAUUAUUUUUUCCCUACGAUCGAACAUGCCUCCCGAUUAAACGAAAUGGGAUUAGACAACUUGUUUCAGUAUACUGUUGACAAGCAAACCAAGGUUCAUCAAUACAUGCUGGAUCCUGAGUUAAAAUAUGAAGACCAGCCAAAGGGGAACGAACUAGACUUUGUUCGAAGAGAAUUUUUGAGCAAUGGCAUGAAGGUGCAUCGUGGUGCUAAUUCUCCAGAAUUGGUUAUUGUUACAGGUAUUGAUUUUGAGACCUUCGAUAGUAGCUAUUUGGGCAAUAUUACACAGAAUAGAAUUGAUUAUGCCCAAAAAUACAAUUUUGGAGUCUAUGUUCGUUGGAUUCAGGAGUUUGCACCCCAGUUCAAUAACUUUCAGCAAAGUAAGGAUUGGACUAAGGCUUUACUUAUGAGGGCUGCAAUGCUGGCCUUCCCGAAUUCAAAAUACUUUUGGUACAUCGAUUCCAACUGUUUCAUUAUGAACAUGGAAACUAACAUCAUUCCAUACAUUCUUGAACCACACGUGCUGGGUCCUAUCAUUUUAAGAGAUCACCCCCUAAUACUCCCUGAUGGUGGCAUUAAAACCUAUGCUAACAUAGACCCAAAAGAUGUUCAUUUGAUCUUGACACAGUCAGCUACUUCCAUUAGAACUGACAGUUUUGUUAUGGUCAAUUCAAUCUACUCUAAGGCAUUGCUGGAAUAUCUUUCCGACCCCCUAUUUACCAAUUUUAGCACCUUUGCCCAUGGAUUCUAUGCUGGAUUGACUCAUUUGCUACAAUGGCAUCCAUAUUUUCUUUCCAAAGCGGUUCUCAUUCCUCAGAGAACAAUAGCUGCCGAACAUUCUUCUGUAAUUAGCGAAGAUGAGAAUGAUAUGAGAUCUUACCAUGAGGGAGAUCUUCUGCUUCUCAUGCCUGAUUGUGUCAAAAAUAAUGAUUGUGCCAAGAUAUUGGAAAGCUACACUAAGAAGAAGAAAAGCCAAUCUUAG